AUGAGCGCGUCACAAGUCAUAUCCCCGUCUACGACUCAAUCUGCUCAACUCUUCAACUUUAACCAACCCCUCAGUCCUGAAAGCGUCAGCGGUCAUUCGUCUGACUCUGAUAGCUCUUCAGGAUCGAUAGACGACCGUUCCUCAUCGCAUUCACAUUCGCAUCAUUCUCCCCUCUCAACCGCUAGUCAUCACAGUCAAAGCCACCAUCACAAUGUCGCGCAUCCGACGACGGAGCAGCAGCAGCAGCAGCAUGGACAGCCAGUUACGAAGACGACACCUAACAACAACAACAACUUGCCUGAACGGCCAUUGGUGCCGACCUGUCCGGCUGACUGGGAGGCGAAGAAGGAUAUCAUCUAUGAUUUGUACAUGAACAAGAACUUUAUACUGAACGAUGUGGUGGAGAUUAUGCUUUCAACGCAUCGCUUCAAGGCAACGGCCCGAAUGUACAAAGGCCAAUUCGCCAAAUGGCGAUGGGCAAAGUACAACAAAUCCGGCAACACCAACACGACGAAGCCGACCAAGUCUCGAUCCAUGCGAAGAAAAGGGGUCACGUCUUCAAGCAGCCAUAGCAGCAACGGCCAUAUUUCGAAGCCAGGAUGUCAUCAAGCCAACUUCAUAUUGCAACCAGCCCAGAUGAUUCGCCUUUACUUCCAGAGCGAGCCAACCUACCUAGUCGAGUCAACUUUGCUGGCGUACGCGUCUUACAUCGCCCGCUGGGCCGACCCUGAACGAGAGACGCCGUGGAAAAUGGAUGGUUCCAGACCGACGUUGCAUAUCGCUGAUACCAACUACAUUGACGCCGCUGACAGCGCCAACAUGUGCUCUAAUUCCAUUCUCCAAAAUAUUUCUCUUGCGAUUCGGCAUCUGAGAUGCAACAGUCCCCAAGGAACAGCAAAAGGCGGCGCACUCUUGCGACACGCCUUUCUGCAGAUUGAAGAAGCAAUUACCACCGCGGAUGAAGGCGAUAUCCAAGCUAUAUGGGAUUGCUGUCUUGCUGUUCCCCAACUUCUGAUUCUGCAUAACGCUUCCUCCACCCAUCCCAACACCACCAAAGCACACCCUUCCCACCCCUCUUCCCAAUCCAAUGGUCAACAUCAACCACCCCACGACAUCCUCCACAUAUACACCCGCUUCCUGCACCACCUCACCACCCUAAAAUACGGAUCUCCUCACACAGGCAGAGGCUGCACAUCCACCUCCCAUCCUCUACACCAGAUCUCUUCUAGUCUUCACCACCUCGUCACCACCUCCGAUUUUAACUCCCUGCAUCUCUUCAUCACAAGGGCCUGGAAACUCUGGAUUAACACCUGCCGCCAACUAAGGGGCGAGACGGACCAUGUAACGAUUCACCUGAAGAGGGGAUAUGUCAUCCUGAUGGACCCGGAACAUGCGAUUGUGAAGAAUCUGGUUAGUGAUUUUGGGGGUUUGGUGAGGAGGGAGAAGGACAGGUGGGGGGAGGGGAAGACUACGGAACGCAUACUUGAGUUGGAAGGGUUAUUGGCGAGGAUGUAUUUGCCGCUUUUUGAUGCUGGUGUUGGGGGACAGACUGGGGCGCAGAAUGGGGGUGGCGGGCAGGGAGGAGGAGGGAUGGGACAAGCAGGAGGGCGAUGGGGAGGUGGAAGGCGAGACGGGAAAACGGCAGCAGGUGAUAGGGCAAGAGCGAUGUUGGGUGGACUGAUCGAGAGGCUGGAGGAGAAGUAUAGGGUUACCUCUAGGAAUGGAAACCGCGGCAGUAUUAUCGGACCCGGAGCGGGAAGCAUCAACAUCAACAGCAUAACCAGCGCACCGGCGCCCAGACCACACGAUCUUAUCACCCAAGGACCAGCACCAACACCAGCAUCAGGACAAGCACAACCCCAAGGACUACUAGCACUAGGCCCCCCGAUCCCCAUGCAAAACUGGGAAUACCUCGACCGCUACCUCUUCUUCUCCGCGCACCACUUCCUCGCAUCCAUUGCUGAUUACGAAGGAGACGUUUCCCAAGCUGUCUCCUUACGCCGCAAAAUCCUGGUUAUGAACGGCGGCGGACUUCCCGGCACCGUUUUGUCUUUGUCCCCCAACAACCAUCAACUACCUCUAGGAAUGGGUAUAGGAUUAGGGAUGGGAAUCGGCAUGGGUAUGGGAAUGGGAAUGGGUAUGAGUCUCACGAUGACAGGGUCUCCGUCUGGAAUCAGCGGAACUGUGACAAGGGGAAGAGAUCAAUUCUGGAUUCAGACGACCAGAAAAGUGGAAGCUUAUCUUCGUGGGGUGGGGAAUUGGGAAGAGGCGGAGGAAUUCAGGGGGGCGCUGAGGGAGAGGGAACGGGAGCUUGAGCUUGAGCUGGAAGUUGAAAGAGAGACUCAGAGGGAAAGGAUGUUGAUGCCACUAAAACAGGGAGGAGGAGCAGGAGGGGAUUUGGUGAGGGAGAUGGGUAUGGGGAUGCAAAGCGGGAUGGGGAUGCACGUCAUGCCUAGAAGCGGGAGUGUGAGUGGGCUAGUCAACGUCCCUGGGGUAGGGAUGUUGGGCGGGAGGAGUAUGAGUGUCCCGAUUGUGCCUUUUGGUCAUGGAGUGAGGAACGGAGGUUUGGGCACGAUUUCGCCUCGGUCGUAUGGCCCUCUUGGGCCUGUUGAUGACUUCGAUUCAGGUUUGGGUUUGGGUGCUGCUGGGUUCGGUCGAUUGCCACCGAUUCCGAUACCGCGUUCUGUCCCUGUUUCGAUCCAACCGGCUGUCGAUACGAAUAAUGGGGGGUUUGUCCUUGCCAACAGUUCACCUGCGGAUACAGAGUACAGCGACAUACACGGCUUCGAGGCGGAGGUGUUGGAUCUGAGUACUGCCAGUGGAGAAGGUAGUAGUGGGAACAGCACUGCUGGCGGAAGUAACGGGUCUGACUUCCGCCAUGGGAAUAAUGGCAGGUAUGAGGACAGGUGGGGAAGGUGGCAUGAAGUUCUUGCUUUGUGA